CGGUCAAACGUCGACAUCGUCAUUCUUGUACGCCUGUCCCGGCCUCAGGAGCUUGGAAAGACUUGUCUAAUUCGCGUACUCGGGCAGAUCGCUGUGAAUCCAGUCUCCCAGGUCCACACGUAACAUGUAGGCCGUCAUUGGACAAAGGCUCCGCUUUGGUUGAAGUUUGGCGCCGCCUUCGUGAGGCUCGCCUCACUUUUCCAAAACAUUCUCAGGUAGUCCUGGACCUCUCGUGGACGCGCUCUGUACGGAAAUAAUCUUCAAACGGCUGGACUUCAUCCGGCUUCUAUAUCUGUUGUCUUGGGUUCUUGCAUUCUACCUUGAUCGAGCACAAUGAGCACCACUCUACACGACUGCGUCUGCCCUACUUCGCUCUGAGCUUGUUCCGAUCUUUGUGGUGUAUUCGUUGCUGUUCACUGCCAUGCCAGCUUCUCAAAGCUCCGCAGACUCGCCUCCUCUGGUCCUCGACGAGUGGUCAGAAGGCAAUGUGCGAUCGACUCCCUUACCGCCGCUUUCAAAGGAAGGUAGUCCGACAUACCGCUGGUGGAUCCCGGCAGAGGGUAUUCGAAGAGACGUGAUCCAAGCCGACAUUCAGCACUAUCUUGGCCCAAACGCUGUCGUCAAGCCUGGAAUGGGGAAGGAUGAAAACGACGUCCGCCUCCGAUCACUCUCCCGCUUCCGGUCAGGUGCUCAUACUCUCACAGGGACUUUCUGGAUACUGGAUCGCCGCGGACAGCAGCCCAACUCCUGUAGGCACUCGGCGGCACAUCGACAUGAGCACAUCCUGAUCAGCUGAGUAGGAAAUGAUUCGAAACUUGAAAGAGGACUCUGCCAACUUUGAGCUCCUGGGUAGUCAAGCCGGCCCCUAUCAAGACUCUGCUGUUCAUCGCACGAGGAGGCACUGGGAGACCUUUUCUCACCCGGCUUGUUACUCGCCGCGCUUGCAUAGAUCAAGGUCAUAUCAGGAUACGACUAACUACUCAUGCGACUCUGCACCGGUCAAAUUUGAUUCUCUGCAGAAUUCCGAAGCCGAACGUCUAGUUUUCCGUGAUGUCCCAGCAAGAUACGGUCGCACACACGGCUCCCGUCACGCUGAGCUGGAAACAUCCCGCCCAUAUAUUGAUUCUGCUGCGUCACUCUCCGCGCCCGCGUGGCGACACCAGGCAGACAGUCCGGAUCCAGAACUAGGCGCCUACUCGCGUCGCAACAGCCUCUAUUCCUCGCUAAAGUCAAGGUCGCAGAUCACACGCACACUACGCGGCGAGCAACAUCAACGUCGCGCUUUCGGCUCCACUGCCUUUGUGCCGCGUGCAGUUUCACCUCUGCAUUCCAUGCGUUUCCUUUCAACAAGGGACAUCGAUGUAGACCGUUCGACGCAAAACGAGAGCGCAUAUCCCACGUCUCCCCAGAUGGACGUCAUAGACUGUGUGCCUUUCACAGGCAAUGCUCGACACUCGGCCCCGUCUGGUCGAUCUGUCAAACAGCAGAGAGGUUACACAGACAUUGAUGCCCGUAACGGAGAUCGUUCACCAUCGGUUGUUGUACAUAGUGACUACGAUCAGCGGGCCUAUUCCGAACCAUCCUCUCCCGAUAUCGAAUUGAUCUCACGUAACUCAUCCGAUGGAGAGUGGGAAAUUGUGGAAGACCCGACAUUCUUGAGGGUCGAGUCAGUGGACGAGGGCAACGCUAGAAACGAUACCCGCGAAACUAGCGGAAAGCCCUCAUUAUCGCCAGCACCGGCAAGUCCUCCGUCCCGCCUCUGCAACCUUAUCCAAGAACUGGACGUACAUGAUUCAUCUUUUCACGAGAGCAGGUCCGGGUGGAAGUUUAAGUCGGAAACUAAGUUGACAAAAAACAUGCAAGACGACUUCGCAUCUCUGGCGAUCGCGAAAGCUCACACAAAGAUUGAUAAAAUCUUCACCCAAAUGAAAGAAUCUCGAGGGCCGUAUUGUUUCUCUGAAAGCACUCACGUCACACAGGAUGGCUCAGCCGGAAGCCAUCGUCGUCGCAAACGCUUCCACGACAAUGCAGGAUAUGAAAAUGCGUACGAAGAUGCCGGCGCUGAUAACACAUCCGACACUCAUCAUUAUCAAAAACGCUUUUGCGUGCUCCCAUCACGGGACAGUGGAGCCACUCGUCAUUUGGCUUGCCCUUAUGACAAACACGACACGGAAACGUGCAGCUACUGUCGUGAAUGCUUGGGAUCUCGCUGUCGGACAACGUACAUGGUCAGACAACACUUGCAGGAUGAGCAUUCUUCCACCUACCAGUGCUGCAACUGUUUCCGCGUUUUCGGAGACGACUAUGAGCUUGUAGAUCACGAGAGCGGUGCGCCUUGCUCCCAAGUAUUUUCGAUUAGCUCUCUUGGAAUCUUUGGAGAAGAACAGCAGUCUGUGCUUGCCAAAGACAAAUACUACGAACGUGCAGAGCUUGACCGAUGGAGGGAAAUGCAUCGGCUUUUGUUCCCCGGUGAGCCUUUACCGCCUUACUGCGGCUCGCAGGACGGCAUCGAAGUCGCCAGUCUCGAGCGCUUCCGUAGCUUGCUGACCAGAGCGUUGCCUGCUUACUUCAGGGCAGCCAUGAGCCGAGAGAUCGCAGCUACGCCAUCAGACUUGACGCUAAAUGCGGAACUAGACGCUAAAAUUGUCGAUGCUGUGCGCACAAGUAUUGACGAGGCGUACGAGAUUUUCGCUUCAGCGGAAAGCACCUAAGCAAAAGUUGACUUGAGAUUUUGGUUCGUUCCAUCAUCACGUAUGCGUAGCCUAUUUUUCCACUGAAUUAUUAACUAUGCAUCACUAUCAAAUUAUGAUUAUACGUUCUUAAUAAAAACUGAUCAUCUUGGCCGCGACAAAUCACUGUACACCGAGCAUAGUGCUGAGUGAGCGACGGAAGCCACACUGGUUGUUUGGCAUCAGGCUCGAACGCACUCGGUUGCGGUGAUGCUGAGCGGGCAAGGUGCGCGAAACAUACGUUUUUUGGCGAAAGAUGUCAAUGCUAUGACAACGGUCUGUUACGUACUUCGAUAGUAAAUUCGCAUUCGAAAAAGUAGUCCUCAUCACGAACA